AUGUCUGUGAAAGUGUUUGAAGCCAGGGAACACUGCAAAGCUGCGGAGAAAUUCCUGAAGACUACCCUUCUCCGUUGGAAGCCGGACUACGAUUCGGCAGCUGAUGAAUACAGCCAAGCAGCCCAGUGCUAUCGUAUUGCUCGAGAUGCUGCCAACUCCAAGGAUUGUCACCUGAAAGCAUCGGAGUGCUACAAGAAGAACAACGCUUUCUUCCACGCAGCUAAGGCCCUGGAAAACGCUAUCCUCGUCUGCAAGGAUACCGCAACUCCUCAGGAGGUGCAUAGAUUGGCGUUGGAGUCAGGAGAGCUGUACCAACAGCACGGUUCGGGCGACAGUGCUGCUUCCAUACUCGGGAAGUCAGCUAAAAUUAUCGAAGAAGCGUCUCCUGAACUAGCAGUAGAGCUGUUCCAAAUGGCCGCUGACGCCUCUGCUACGGAGAGUAGUCAGCACCAGGGUUCCGAGUACAUCAGCAAAGCAUCCCGCCUCCUCGUCAAACUACAACGCUAUGAUCAGGCUGUGGACAGUCUGCGGCGGGAGAUCGGCUUUCACCAAGAGGCAGGAAAUAUGGGGGCUAUCGGAAGACUCACCGUUGCUAUUGUCCUUGUCCAACUCGCCAGGGGAGAUGCUGUCGCUGCCGAAAAGGCUUACAAGGAAUGGGGCAGCAACUGCGAGGUGGCUGAGAUGCAGACAUUGGAACAAAUACUCCAGGCCUAUGAUGAAGAGGACAGAGAGUCAGCGAAGCGUGCGCUGGCCAGUCCUUUCAUCCGCAACAUGGACGUGGAGUACGCUAGGUUGGCGGCCAUGGUUCCAUUGCCAGAAGCCAUGGAGCCGGCCCCCAGAGCCACCGUCGUUGAGAAUGCCGCCCCGUCUUAUGUUAGCCCCAACGCACACUCCACUACAACUGCGGACAUAUGCCCAAAAGUUGAGGAGUCGCCAUACGCCCCGGUGACAUACGCUCCUAAGAAGCCAGCUGAAGAUGAAGACGGUCUUUGCUAA